CGCGCGCGUCAGCCGGCCACCGCAGAGCACUGCCGGUGAUCCGCCGCGCCUCAGCGCAUUCAUAAUAUCAUUACGGUCCCGUCCUGGUCCCACCGCUGCCGCCGCCGCCGCCGCAACCGCCGCCGACGCUUUACACACCGGCCGCUCAUGCCGGGCGACAUUGUCGCAAUCACGUCACAUUAGAAUAGCGUAAUAUCGUUACAAUAUCGUGUACAAUAUAGCGACUGCCGUCAUGCGGAUCGUGUCGGACUAUCGCCGUAGCACCGGCGGUAGCAGUAGCGCCGCGUCGUCCGCGUCGCGUAUUCCCGCGACCACCGGACGUUCGAUUGCCGCCGUCCCCCGCAACGGGGCGACGUAAUAACUGCUUCACCGCGGAUCCACACCACCGGCCACCGGCGACACGCGACGAUGGACUGCAAACCGGACACGAUCGGGUUCUAUACCAUCGACCGGCGCAUCGGCAAAGGCAACUUUGCCGAGGUCCGGUUGGCCACGCACCGGCUGGUCAGGAGCGAGGUUGCUAUAAAAAUGAUCGAUAAAAGGAAAUUGGAUGCAGUUAAUCUGGAAAAGGUUCAUCGUGAAGUAGAUAUUAUGAAACAGCUGGACCAUCCUCACAUCAUUAAACUAUAUCAAGUUAUGGAAUCAAAAGAUAUGAUAUAUAUUAUUUCAGAGUAUGCCAGUCAAGGAGAAAUAUUUGAUUACAUUGCGAAAUACGGUCGAAUGACUGAAGCAGCUGCAAGAAAAAAGUUUUGGCAAAUACUCUCAGCGGUUGAGUAUUGUCACAACAGACAUGUUGUUCACAGAGAUUUAAAAGCAGAAAAUUUGCUACUUGAUGCUAAUAUGAACAUAAAAAUCGCUGACUUUGGAUUUAGUAAUUAUUUUACACCUGGCGAACAGUUGGCUACUUGGUGUGGAUCACCCCCUUAUGCUGCUCCUGAAGUUUUCGAAGGCAAAAAAUAUUAUGGUCCCGAGAUUGAUGUUUGGAGUAUGGGAGUAGUUUUGUACGUAUUGGUUUGUGGAGCACUGCCAUUCGAUGGAAGCACGUUGCAUUCACUGAGAGAUAGAGUUUUGUCUGGACGAUUUCGUAUACCUUACUUCAUGAGUACUGGUUGUGAAUCAUUGAUACGUAAAAUGCUUAUAUUAGAUCCGAAUAAAAGGUAUACGGUCGAACAGAUAAAAAGACAUCCUUGGAUGUUAGAAGAAGCGCCAAGACUUCUACCGGGUACAAUUGCAGAAAUGCCCGCAGAACCUAAUGAUCAAGUGUUGCGAUUCAUGAGCAGUUUAGAUAUAAAUACGACGAGAACUAGACAGUCGCUGAGGAAUCGGACGUACGAUCAUUACGCGGCCAUUUACUACUUGUUGCUGGAGAAACUCAAGCAGCAACAGUCGCAAGAGAACAGUAGUCACUAUCUGCAGGAUCGGCGGCUGUCGGAGAAACUAUUCUCGUACGAACAGCCGCAGCUGUUCACCGGACACUCGAGCCCCAACAAGCGGGCGUUGAUCGACUGUCCGGCCGGUCACCAGUACAUGCAACCCGACCUGUGGAAGCAGCCCAAAACCAGUGCAGCCGUGCACCUGAACAGCGGCCACACGCCGUCCAACCGGCCGCGGUCGUACAGCCAGGGCCGGGCCGUGCAGCAUUCCAUCAACCUGGCCGACCUGUGCAAGUCGCCGCAACAACAGCACCCGCCGUUCAGAGAGUUGCCCCAGCUGCCCAAGUUCAAGGGCUGCAAACCGGACAAGAUCGACAUGGUGCCGCACGACGACGGCCCAAAAAUGUGCUACCACAACCGGUUGGAUCACAUGACCAUGAUGGCGCCGCAGUACUCCACGUCGACGGACGAGGGCAUCGAAACCGACCUGGAAGACGCGGCCGCGUCGUCUAGUAGCCCCACGCAACAGUCGCACCGGAAUGCGGCUUACCCGUCCGCGGUUGGCGGCGGCCCGGUGAUCAAGAGCCACAGCCAGAAUCUUGCGGAUCACCUGCAGUGCGCGGCCAACUUGCAGCAGUUCGAGUCGGAACUGCAGGUGUCCAGCCUACCGUCGUGCGCCAACGAAAUGAAGUACGCAGCGGACUGCACGGCGAUUUGCACGGCCGCGGCUGCAGCGGCGGCGACCAACGGCUGUCCGCCGCCGUCGUGGGACAGACGCGCCUCGUUCUUGGCGCACAACCACAACUCGGCCGGCGACGGCGUCCGACCGCGCGCCGACAACAUGUCGCCGGCCAGCUUCCGGGAAGGCAGACGGGCGUCGGACGGGCUGAUGAACCAGAUCGACCCGGCGGUCAUGGCCGCGGCCGUUGUGGCGGUGGCCAACGCCGUGCAGUCGUCGUCGCCCAGGUCGCCUCAGCUGCAGCAGCAGUACAACGGUGGUCGCAUGCCGGUCGGCGGCAACGGGAAGUUGUUUCAGAUGCAAGAAUGCGGCGGCGUGCAGAAAGAACACGAGACGCUCAAGAUGCUGUACCAGAGCUGCCUGCCCAACGACGAACAGGUGGCGCCGAACCGGAAACAGGCGGCCGGGGCCGAGUACCGAUCCGGCAAGGACGUGCCGCCCAGGUCGCCGUCGGCAGCCAUGGCCAAGCGGUUCAACUACACGGACAAUUAUGCGCUGGAAAAGUCCGGGCUCCAGCAGCAGUUGUUCCAACAGCGAUUGCUCCAGCACAAGCGGACCGCGUUGCACAAGCAGGGCGCGGCCGCGUCGGCGGCGGCGUUCGGUCAGUGCGGCGUGACGGCCGCCGACUUGUCGGUCAACAAGCGGCAGCACCACGCUCACCGGCAGCCCUCGUUGCAGUAUAACAACAAGACCGCAGUACAACUUUCGUCGCCCCAACACGGCGGUGGCGGCGGCGGUGGCGGCAGCGGUGGUGGUGGUGGCGGUGACGGCCACGGCCACGGCGCGAUGCAAUUCCAAUCGGACGGCAGCUGGCAAUCGUUGCCGCACACCAUGGCCACGUGUCAAAUCAACGACUUCGACAGUCAGGCUAAUUGGCUGUCGGUGCCUGAUCCGCAACAUCAUUGGUACUGCACGUCUGGGCAGCAGUACAACUUCUCUAAGAAUUAUUCACAGCUCAGCAGUACAGUAAACGUGCCAAUGGGUAGUUCUUUGUUGGCGGCCAACGACGUGAUGUGGACAUCGCCAAGACUGCAAUCGUUGUCGGAAAACACUAUUUCGGAACUCGGAGAACAAAUGGAAUCCGGUUAAGUUCAUGUUCUGUCAAGUUUGAGAGAUCUCAGACUCGCAAACAAAAUUAUUAUCACAUAGAUAUUAAGCAUAUUUUAUACAACACACACUCAACUACUCAAGUACUCAACAUUCAUUAGAUGAGACAUCAUGUUUUUACUACAAUAUUAGACAUAUUUGAGUUGGUUAUUUUUUUUUUUUUUUAUAUAUAUAUAUUCAUAACUAUGGUUUUUGUUUUAAGUACAUCUUAGAAUUCACCGAUAAGUAUAUUUGUAAUCGAAACAAUCCAAUUU